AUGCCAACCCUAUUGUGGCAAAAGUGGACAUUUUGGAAACGCCGGGGAAUACCGACCGACUGGUCGGUCAGAAGUGGUCAACCCUUUCAUAUCGCUGACAACGACUGCCACAGAAAAUACGGCAAAAUUGUCGGCUUUUACGAGGGAUUAAGACCAUGUUUAUCCAUAACUGAUCCCAAUCUCAUACGUAAAAUACUUGUCACUGAAUUUCAUAAAUUUGCUGAACACAGGGCACUUGCAUCAUACUCGGAACCCAUAAGCAAUGGAUUAUUUUUCUGCCGAUACCGUCAAUGGAAGCGUAUCAGUGCGCUGCACUCCACAGCCUUCACCACCGGUCGACUCAAAGCUAUGCUACCGAUAAUGUCGGACACGUUUGAACGGGCUGUGGCCGGCGCUGACGCAAACGCCCUGGGUCACCCCAAGAAUAAUCCACUGUUUACCUCGGUUAAAACAAUGUUUCAAAUUGAUCAAGGUCUUAACGAUUGGCUCGUGUAUUACAUGCCAUUUAUAAGGCGAUUCAUUGAUAUACCGUUUUUUGAUCGCCACAAAAUGCAAAUAAUUAUUGAUAGCGUGGAUCACGUGGUGAGUGAACGAGUGGCCAGGGAUGUACAGGUGCCCGAUCUGUUACAGCACUCGGUAAACGCCAGCGUAUGGGCCGAUAGUUAUCCUAACCCUCCCGCCAAUACUAACAAGUCAUUUGAUAAAUUAACCAAGGUAGAAGUGAUUGGUCAGGCAAUUAACAUGUUGGCCGCCGGACACGAGACUACAGCCUCGCAGUUGUGUCUCAUUACUCGCAUACUUGCGCUCAAACCCCGGUAUCAAACAAAACUGAUUCACGAGAUUCAUAACACACUGUAUACUAAGGAUACCAAUGAGUUGUCUAUGGAUUACGAAAAGUUACAAAAAAUGCCAUUUUUGGACGCAUUCAUCAAAGAAGUGAUGCGAGUUAACUGCUCGAUCACCCGAAUUGAAAGACACCCGACUAUUGACACCCAUUUAGAGGGCAUUCAUUUGCCUAAAGGCACUCCUAUUAUAAUACCCAUUUGGGCACUUCAUUUAGACCCUGAUAACUUUACGGACCCUUUAGAGUUUAAGCCGGAGCGUUUUCUACCAGACAAUCUAGAUGAUAUCAAACCGUAUACAUACCUACCCUUCUCCACCGGUCCGCGCAAUUGCAUUGGUUUGCGUUUUGCGAUAUUAGAGCUCAAGUAUACGUUAGUUAAGCUGUUGUGUAGGUAUGAGUUUGUGCCGUGCGAUGAGACCAAGUUAUUUAACAACGAUAUGGCCCAAAAAUGUCGCAUAUUCGGCGAAUUCACCUUGGUCAGAGACAAUUGCAAACAACUGGCCAAAAUGUUGCAAGAGUCGGACAACGAGGCUAACCGAAUGGCGGCCGCAGAAUUGCGCAGGUUCAAUCUGUCUGAACCACCUAUGACCAAUUCGUCAAACAUUUACCUUAAUGUGCAAUUCGCGCGUUCAAUGCGUACGCACACGACUGGGGAACAGAAAAUGGAUUCAGACCCACGUGGUGAGGCGUGGAUAUUCGUAACAAUACCCGAGUUGGAUAAACUGGCUAAACGAUUUGGGUCAAUUUUUCAACAAUUGCUAUUCAACGCGGUGGUGUACCAUAAUGCAACCAUUGAUUUGAUUAAUGCCAAAAUUAACGAGCUAGCUAACAAGCCAGCCAGGGAUUACCAUGGUGACGCGUUUGUCAUGAUGUUUAUCGGGCAUGGUAAAGAGGAGAUGAUUGGUGGCCAGUGUGGAAAUAGGGAACGAAUUUCAGAUAUUGUGGCUAAGUUUGAUGAAAAUAGAUUAAACGAAUGGUUCUACCCGGUCAACGGUCUCAUUGGUCACGUGAAUGUAUUCGGUCAGGCAUUGAGCCAUACCAUAGCGCAGUACUCGUGGUACAAAAGCCUGUAUCAGUUGCUCCUUAAGACAAUUAAACGAGUAAAACAAGAUUACACCUUUAAUCAGAAGCCUGAAAUAAGAAUGUUCGGCGUUGACCAAGAUAUUUAUUUUAAUCCUGGUAUAUAUAUCGACAGUGAUUCUAAUGAGGUGAAAAAGAAAACAUUCCAUAAUGUUCGCCCAUAAUUGGGGCCAACGAUUAUAUAAAC